AUGGUUUCUGUUGCCCCCUCCAGCCAAGAUGCCUUCACACAGUCCACAAAUGAACCUCUGCAGCAACAGCUGCUGGAGGGGCCCCCUCUGCAACGCAGCAGCAGCAGCAGCGAGAGGCUUUUCUUUAGGGCACUGAUGAUAGUGAAGAUUGCACUCGGUGUUUUCGUGGGGAUUAUAGUUCUCCUCGCACUCACACACAUCGACGCGACGGCCAGCAUCGUGAAAGAGCUCAUAGCCAGAGUCCAGGAUCUGGGUGGCUUGGCUCCUUUGGCAUACAUAGGCUUGUAUGUUGUGUUUAUUGUAUGCUUCAUGCCUGCGGAGUUUAUGCACCUGGUUGCUGGAUUCAUUUUUUCUCGCAUAUAUGGAGAAAGUCUUAUUCUAGCCUUCAACUUCAUUGGUUCUGCACUUAGUGAUCUGGAAGAUCUUGACAUUCGUACGUUCACGGGGGAACGAGAAAUUCCCAGGAUAAGGGUAUUGGGGAUGGGUGCCUAA